UUACAGGCGCAAGCAGGGGUCUUGGAAAGUCUGUUGCCAAAAUUGCUUGCUGCAAAAUUUCCAUCGUCGUCACUGUUUAUUCUUCUAGCAAGAAAUUUAACAAAUUUAGAGGCAGUGAAAGCCGAAAUUCUGGAAAAUAUUCCUGAUCUGACAGUUGCUGUCAAAAAAUUUGAUCAGGGUAAUCUCGACCAAUCGACGUAUGACACAUUGUUUGACAGCGUGUUUAACGAAUACGGCGUGACAGCAGAUGACUUUGAGCAGUCAGUUAUCGUCCAUAAUGCCGGAACUAUAGGUGACAACACCAAGUACGCCAGUGAUCUUUCUGAUGUAGAAGCUGUUCAGGCGAACUUUGAUAUAAAUGUUUCUGGCAUGAUUCUACUCAAUGCGCAAUUCCUUAAGAAAUUUUCCAAUUCGUCUAAAGGAAGAUCAGUCAUACAGGUGUCUUCUUUAGUCGCAGUUCAACCAGUGCCUUCGUUUUCUUUAUAUUGUACAGGAAAAGCAGCUAGGGAUAUGUUCUUCCGAGUUAUGGCUGCAGAGAAUCCUUCCAUCCGUGUCCUUAACUAUGCUCCAGGACCUUGUGAAACAGACAUGCAGCGGGCAUGUAGGGAGGAUACAGUAGAUCGCACCACAAGGGAUAUGUUUAAAGCCAUGCACACUGAAGGAAACACUUUGAAAUGUGACACGUCUAUAGCUAAGCUGGUGGAACUGCUGCGACAGGACAAGUACGACAGUGGAGCACACAUUGAUUUCUUUGACGACAUCUGAGGUCACAUGACAUAACAUGACCAGUGAUCUCAUUUUAGCAGAGUGUCAGGGCCUUCCUGAUAUUGGCCAUGCUGAAAUUGGAGGAAAAUGCUUAAAUCACUGGAUAUUCCGACAAUUGUGAAGGUAGUAAACACCAUUUCAUCCUUGAUUUUAAGGACUGGUAAGCAAUCUGAGAUUCGGAUAUAAUUAUUUACAACAUUUCAAAAUAAGUAAGUCAUUUAAUUUACUAAAUAAUGACUUAGUACCAGGUUUGAUCUAGUAUUCCACAAACCUAUUAGUAAGUAUUGUAAUGAGUUAUUUUUAAUGAUUCUCAUUUUAAUAAAAUGUUUCAAAAUACAUGAUUUUGUAUAAAGCUUGAUAACUAUAAAUCGAUUAAAGCAUUAGAAUAAGUUAUCAAAUUCUAGUUUACCAUUGACUGUAAGGCUUUGUAAAAUGACAUUUAACAUAGAAAUGUAUAAUUUUGAUUAAAUAGCAUAAUGGUAGAAACCAUGGUUAUUCAUGUUGAAUCAAUCUUUAUAUACCGGUAUGUAAUCAUGAAUAUUGAUAUAGAAUUUCACCUGCUUUAAAUUAUAAUGUGAACCAAGUCAUUGUUGUGAAUUAUGAAAAACAUUGUUGUUUGUUUAAAAAUCAGACAGCUUUUGUUAUGUUUACAAAAGUUUUAAUUUUUUUUUUCAAAUGUUAUUGUUUAUUUUGUAUGAUACGGGUGAUAUUUUUUAUAAUCAUUGGGUUGAUCUGUAAGCAGUUUCCUAGCUUCCUUAAGAGUUACAGAUAUUGUAACUGUUUUAUGGAACAGAGUUUCUACAUCAGUAUUAUUUAAUGAAAAAAAUUACUGAAUUUUGUAUGAUUGUAUUGAAUCAGAUGUUCAUUGUUUGGUACCACAGGUAUGGCCGUUGUAAGGAAACACUUUUCUUUUUUUGUUAUUUUGACACAAAAAGUGCAUACCUUAUCAUCUUAGUGCUGUUAGAAUGCAUGUGCACAGGUUCUUGAAAUCAUUGUCCUCCAAAAUUAACAUGUGUCAUGAACAUCUCACCAGCUUAUCAUUAUAAAAUUCCAGGAGGAAAUCAAUCUUAUAUAUCACUCACACCAAGAUAGUUUCACCCUCAGGAGAUGAUAACUAAAAAAAAAUAUUACCCUUACCAAGACACCAUCACCCCCGAGAAUAAAAUCUCUUAAACAGUAUCACCCUCACCAAGACACUAUCACCCUCGAGAAUAAAAUCACUUAAACAGUAUCACCCUCACCAAGACACUAUCACCCUUGAGAAUAAAAUAUCUUAAACAGUAUCACCCUCACCAAGACACCAUCACCCUCGAGAAUAAAAUCUCUUAAACAGUAUCACCCUCACCAAGACACUAUCACCCUUGAGAAUAAAAUCUCUUAAACAGUAUCACCCUCACCAAGACACUAUCACCCUCAAGAAUAAAAUCUAUCAAACAGUAUCACCCUCACAAAGACACUAUCACCCUCGAGAAUAAAAUCUAUCAAACAGUAUCACCCUCACCAAGACACUAUCACCCUUGAGAAUAAAAUUUAUCAAACAGUAUCACCCUCACCAAGACACUAUCACCCUUGAGAAUAAAAUCUCCCAAACAGUAUCACCCUCACCAUGGCAAUGUCACCCUCCGAAUAAAAUCUCCCAAACAGUAUCACCCUCACCAUGGCAAUGUCACCCUCCAAAUAAAAUCUCCCAAACAGUAUCACCCUCACAAAGACAUAAGAUAUCACCCUCGAGAAUAAAAUCUAUCAAACAGUAUCACCUUCACAAAGACACUUAUCACCCUCGAGAAUAAAAUCUCCCAACCAGUAUCUCCCUCACCAUGGCAAUGUCACCCUCCGAAUAAAAUCUCCCAGACAGUAUCACCUCACCAUGGCAAUGUCACCCUCAGAAUAAAAUCUCCCAAACAGUAUCACCCUCACCAUGGCAAUGUCACCCUCCAAAUAAAAUCUCCCAAACAGUAUCACCCUCACCAUGGCAAUGUCACCCUCCAAAUAAAAUCUCCCAAACAGUAUCACCCUCGCCAUGGCAAUGUCACCCUCCGAAUAAAAUCUCCCAAACAGUAUCACCCUCACCAUGGCAAUGUCACCCUCCGAAUAAAAUCUCCCAAACAGUAUCACCUCAUCAUGGCAAUGUCACCCUCCGAAUAAAAUCUCCCAAACAGUAUCACCCUCACCAUGGCAAUGUCACCCUCCGAAUAAAAUCUCCCAAACAGUAUCACCCUCACCAUGGCAAUGUCACCCUCCGAAUAAAAUCUCCCAAACAGUAUCACCCUCGCCAUGGCAAUGUCACCCUCCGAAUAAAAUCUCCCAAACAGUAUCACCCUCACCAUGGCAAUGUCACCCUCCGAAUAAAAUCUCCCAAACAGUAUCACCUCAUCAUGGCAAUGUCACUCUCCGAAUAAAAUCUCCCAAACAGUAUCACCUUCACAAAGACACUUAUCACCCUCGAGAAUAAAAUCUCCCAAACAGUAUCACCCUCGCCAUGGCAAUGUCACCCUCAGAAUAAAAUCUCCCAAACAGUAUCACCUCACCAUGGCAAUGUCACCCUCAGAAUAAAAUCCCCCAGACAGUAUCACCCUCACCAUGGCAAUGUCACCCUCCAAAUAAAAUCUCCCAAACAGUAUCACCCUCACCAAGACACUUUUUCUUGGGAAUAAAAUCUAAAAAACAGUAACACCUCCACAAAAACAUUAUCACCAUCAAUAAUUAAAAUUUUCCAUGCAUAGCACCUUGGGGGGAAAUCUCUCAAAAAGUACCACAUUUGAGGGUUAAUCUUCCAAAAUUUAUUCUCACCAAGACACCCUUAGGAGAUAAUUCUCCCACAUUGGUUGUCAUUUAACACAGGGAUGUUAUGUGAAUUGUAUACAUCACAUUUUCUUAUCACUAGCAUUGCUAUUCAGAUGUUUCCACAUAUUAAUCAGUAAAAUGUCGGCUAUACAUUUUACAAUGCUUCAAGUCAUGGGGAUAUUUGUUUCAUCAAAAUUGCCAUUGCUGGAGGACAGCAUUUGACAAUGAAUUCAGAACUUGUUUUUUUUAUCAUAGCCAUUUCUAGGAUUUCUACAUAUUCAGAGAGGUAGGAUGAAAGAGAUUUAAAAAAAAAACAAAAAAAAAGAGACAAAAAACCCCUAGUAUUUAUUCAAUUAAUAUAUAUAGUCUUGCCAUCAAGUAAUUGGUUAGUGGUGACCUGAAUUUUUCUAUAUUUGAAGAUCCUAAUUAUUUUAAUGUCUAAUCAAAUGUACAAUGUAUCUAGUCGGUAUUAUAUGCUGUAUAUAUGGAUUAUUUUUUUGUAAUUUGUUAAACAGACUAAUUCAAACAUUUUUGUUUCCUUCAAUGUUCUGUUCAUGUUCAUAUUCAUGCUUACGGUUCUAGUCAAUAUUUGUCUGCAUUAUAUUGAAAUAAAUUUGAAAGAUUUUAUUUUAAUAUAAUAUAUUCUAAUUAAAUAUGAGUUAUGUGAUAAACAGAAUUUUAUAUACUAGUGGCUAUGUAAUAUUGGCAGAAUCAUUGUACAUUCGCGGUGAUGUAAUAUGGAAUUUAAUAAACAAUCUAAGUUAAAUUAUUAUAUUUACCACCAGCCUAGCCUAAAGGCUCCAUGCAUAUCAAAUUAUUGUACUUGUUUAAUAAAUUCCAUACACCAUAGCCACGAGGGUAUAUGAUCCUCUACCCUGUAUUUUCAGAAAUACAUGUAUAUCCAAAUAUUUAAGAUCAUAAUAUUUACUGUAAGAAUGGAAAUUUAUGCAAGGGGUAAAUUUACGCUAAGUACGCAGAGUCCUUUUGAUCAUGAAAAUUCCCCCAACACAUAUAGUUUUGAUAUCAAUUUGCGUGAUUUCGAAAUGCAAACGAAGGUGGAUUUAUCGCAAAAAAUUACCCCUACACGUAUAGUUUGUACAAUGUUAUCGAAAUCGCGAACUUAACCCCCGGUGAAAAUAACCACAUUUACAGUGGUUUUUACAGUCAUGAUUCCCUAGCAGUGCUUUGGGUAUAUAGAUCUGUACAUAAUUUACCUAUUCUUUCUGCAAAAUUGUCUAUAAAAUAAAUAUUAAAUAGGCUGCUAUGGACGAAGUAGAAAACUGCAUCUGUUGAGAAGAAAUUUAGUGGAAACAACUUAACAUAAGUCUAAAUAUUUUACAUUUCCCUUGAUACAUAUACAUGUACAUGUAUAUUCUCAGUUAUAGGUACUGGUAUACAGUAGACUAUGACUUUAUGUUCAGUUUCGAAGAAAUUAUUAUUCAGAUGCCAAAAAUAUGUUUGUUUUGUGUUAUGCUAUAUAUUGUUAUGAGUUUGCUUCUUUGUUUGGUGGGUUUGUCUUCUUAUGAACAGCCAGGGCCAUUUUGAGGAGGGGUCUCCUUGUAGCAGUUGGUAACUACCUCACUGAACAACAUACAUGAGGCCUGUUGCAUGCCAUCCAGAUCAUUGGGGUUAGUGUCUUUCCCAAAGAACACAACCACAACAGCACAGACCGGCCCGUUUCUCAGCUUCCUGAGAAACACAAACUGAUAUACCUGUAGGGAAUGUCAAACCUCGAAACUCAGAUCUUAACCCGAGGUGACAAGGUACGGGUAGGGAGUGUCGAACCUCGCACCUUAGAUCUUAACCCGAGGUGACAAGGCACGGGUAGGGAGUAUCGAACCUCGCACCUUAGAUCUUAACCCGAGGUGACAAGGCACGGGUAGGGAGUAUCGAACCUCGCACCUUAGAUCUUAACCCGAGGUGACAAGGCACGGGUAGGGAGUAUCGAACCUCGCACCUUAGAUCUUAACCCGAGGUGACAAGGCACGGGUAGGGAGUGUCGAACCUCGCACCUUAGAUCUUAACCCGAGGUGACAAGGCACGGGUAGGGAGUGUCGAACCUCGCACCUUAGAUCUUAACCCGAGGUGACAAGGCACGGGUAGGGAGUAUCGAACCUCACACCUUAUAUCUUAACCCGAGGUGACAAGGCACGGGUAGGGAGUGUCGAACCUCGCACCUUAGAUCUUAACCGAGGUGACAUGGCACGGGUAGGGAGUAUCGAACCUCACACCUUAGAUCUUAACCCGAGGUGACAUGCCAUGGGUAGGGAGUAUUAAACCUCACACCUUAGAUCUUAACCGAGGUGACAAGGCACGGGUAGGGAGUGUCGAACCUCGCACCUUAGAUCUUAACCGAGGUGACAAGGCACGGGUAGGGAGUGUCGAACCUCGCACCUUAGAUCUUAACCCGAGGUGACAAGGCACGGAUAGGGAGUAUCGAACCUCGCACCUUAUAUCUUAACCGAGGUGACAAGGCACGGAUAGGGAGUAUCGAACCUCACACCUUAGAUCAUAACCGAGGUGACAUGCCAUGGGUAGGGAGUAUCGAUUGAACCUCACACCUUAUAUCUUAACCGAGGUGACAUGGCACGGGUAGGGAGUAUCGAACCUCACACCUUAGAUCUUAACCCGAGGUGACAAGGCACGGGUAGGGAGUGUCGAACCUCGCACCUUAGCUCUUAACCCGAGGUGACAAGGUACGGGUAGGGAGUGUCGAACCUCGCACCUUAGAUCUUAACCCGAGGUGACAUGGCACGGAUAGGGAGUAUCGAACCUCGCACCUUAGAUCUUAACCCGAGGUGACAAGGCACGGGUAGGGAGUAUCAAACCUCGCACCUUAGAUCUUAACCCGAGGUGACAUGGCACGGAUAGGGAGUAUCGAACCUCGCACCUUAGAUCUUAACCCGAGGUGACAUGGCAUGGGUAGGGAGUAUCGAACCUCGCACCUUAGAUCUUAACCCGAGGUGACAUGGCACGGAUAGGGAGUAUCGAACCUCGCACCUUAGAUCUUAACCCGAGGUGACAAGGCACAGGUAGGGAGUAUCGAACCUCGCACCUUAGAUCUUAACCCGAGGUGACAUGGCAUGGGUAGGGAGUGUCGAACCUCUCACCUUAGAUCUUAAGUGACAUGGCUGGCACUGUGAGCUCUGGCCCCAUGUAUAGUACAGGAGUACCUACAUGUAUACGAUACUUGGAAACUUUCACCCAGUGAAUCACGAGCCUUCACUCUCAAGUUUCUAUGUAUGAUAUGCUGUGUAUUGUUAUUUGUUGUUGUGCCAACUCAUCCUCAUUGUGGAGAACCAAGUUACUGUAUACUUGUGUUUUUGUUGAUAUAUGUGUGACCAGGUGGUAGUAAUAAAAGAGUUGCAAAUAUCUGUA